AUGACUACUUCUUAUUUAAGUAAAGGCGCUCUUAGCGCUGGUGUCGGUUUAACAAUUUAUGCCGGUUUAACAUAUAUGUUAACAAACUAUGGCUUUCGUUUUGAUAUUGGUUGGUUUCUUCUCUCUAUUUCACCUUAUCAAUGGGCGUUAAUUGGUAUUGCUUUGGCUGUGUCGUUAUCUGUUCUCGGAGCUGCAUUAGGUAUAUUUGCUACUGGUGUCAGUAUAUUAGGCGGUGGAGUAAAAGCACCGCGUAUUCGAACGAAAAAUCUUAUUUCGAUCAUCAUGUGCGAAGCUGUCGCUAUUUAUGGAUUGAUUAUGGGCAUUGUUAUAUCGGGUUCAAUCACGAGUUUUAUGACAACAAAACCGGAAGAGCUAGCUCUCAAAUAUCGUGCCGGUUAUAAAUUAUUUGGCGCUGGUUUAACUGUUGGCCUAUGCAACCUAUUUUGUGGUGUUUGUGUUGGUCUCGUUGGAUCAGGAGCUGCAUUGGCUGAUGCACAAAAUUCAUCGUUAUUCGUUCGUAUACUCAUCAUCGAAAUUUUCGCUAGUGCAAUUGGACUUUUCGGCCUUAUUGUCUCUAUUCUUCAAUCGAACGGAGCCAAUAUGUCUGAUUAG